CCCUUCAGCAAAGCAGGUUAUUUGUAUAGCUACGGUAGAGUGACUGAUCUCUUUAGGACCGCAGGGAAUCUGUGCCUCUGCCUGUGAUGACGCCUGGGCAGGAUGUGCGUUUCAAUUUGAGCUGAGCAGAGCGAAAGGGAAGGAGGAGACCCGAGACUGAAAACAGACGCCUGGCAGCUGAUCGGGAGAAAAUAAACAGAAAGACCCAAAACAGACGGUGGAGCGACGCUUUCACUGUUAAAACUAUUACAGUUUAAAUAAAUCUGUAAAUACCUAGUAUCCAAUCGCUGGAUGCAUCUACAAAUGAAAAAGAAAACACCAGUUUGAAUAAAACGACACUGCUCACGUUGCACGCCGCCUGACACGGGACAGUCACGUUGACUGCAGACUAGACGGCCGACCCUGCAGCUUGGCCCACGCUCGCCACAAAAGAGAAAAACAGAUCUCAGAAAUACAGCUGGAGAGUUAAGGUGGGGGAACCUAUAUUCCCCUGGAGGCACCACGUGUUCAAGCUGCAUUGUUACACAAAAACCCAGGCCGCCGAGACCUCUACAACACCAGAGAGGACAGCGGUGACAAAGAUCUGGUUGAGGUGGACCUGACCGAGACCAUGGAUACAGAUAGUGAUAGUCCACCUUUGACGUUGCAGCAAGUACUUUUAAUGCCUGACCCCCAAACUCCAACUCCAGAUUUCAAAAAGAAGCUGCAAAUGUUUUUGGAGACUGAAGGAAAGACACUGAACGAUCUGCAAGAAGUAGCUGGAGUUCAAGCAGCCUCCUCAACGAGCGCUACAGAUGACUUACUAUCUACUAUUGGGAAAGCACUUGAAAAAGCUCUGAAGCCAUCUUCAGAAGGCACUUCCUACAAACGGCUUAGAGUGUUCUCUGGCGUCAAGCCCACCCCUAGCCAGGAGGAUGACUAUGACACCUGGAUGGACCAAGCAGCACAUAUGAUCCAAGAAUGGCAGUGUGGAGAAGGAGAAAAGCGGAAAAGGCUAGUGGAAAGUCUGAGAGGCCCUGCUCUUGAUGUUGUCAGACCUCUGCGUGUGGCAAACCCGGAUGCGUCGGCUCAAGAAUACCUCAGUACACUUGAGCACAUGUUUGGAAGCACAGAGAGCGGAGAGGACUUAUAUUUACGAUUUCGCACUACCAUGCAGAAGCAGGGAGAAAAGCUGUCUAUAUUCUUGGCCCGGUUGGAGAAGUUGUUACAGAAAGUAUAUGUGAAGGGAGGCAUAGAAGCCAGUGCAUUAGGAAAAGCACGCUUAAAUCAGCUACUUAAAGGAGCCAUAUACUCUGACAUGUGCCUAGUUAAACUCCGGCUUAAAGAACGGCAGAAAAAUCCUCCCACUUUUUCUGUUCUGAUAAAAGAGAUCAGAGAGGAAGAGGAGAGAGAGAGCCUCAAGCAAAACCCCCCCACAGCGCCCAUUAGAGUGCAUCAUGCUAACACACCUGAUGUCACACCAGCCCCUAAUGCAGAAAUGGAUAGCCUAAAAGAGCAGCUACAGGAGAUUAGGAAACAAAUAUCAUCCUUGACUGUGCAGCAGCAGCAUCACUAUCAGGAUGCCCGGCCACGCCAAGAUGUCCGCGCAAGGGGUCAUCAGCCAUUCUACAAGAGGGAGAAUUCAGCUGAAGGAACUGGACAAGAUGGAACAACUCUCCACUCUGCUGGAAGGCAGCCAUUUCCAACUACUAUCAGAGCUCCAUUCAGAUCCUUUUGCUACCGUUGUGGAUUGGAUGGUCAUAGGAUAAAAGAGUGUGUCAACACUGGAAAUGCUACUUUGGUUGCUGAACGUCUUGAAGCCAUGUAUGGGAAUCAGUUGGGAAACUACGAUGGGACCCAGUAAAGGAGUGCCCUGGGCCCCUAUCGUCAAAAGCGCACUCCGAUUCACAGGAGCUAUUUAGCCUGGAAAGUAACACUGUGGGAAAUACACCAACAAAUCCAUGGCCUGCUGGUCUGUGUGGCCCUAAGACAGAAGUAACUGUGCGAAUAGAAGGUCGCCCAUGCUGUGCCAUUCUUGACACUGGAUCACAGGUUACGAUAAUCUUUGAGCAUUACUACAGGGAGCACCUCAGUCACCUACCAUUGCACCCACUUACUGGUCUUGCUAUCUGGGGCCUUGGGGAGGGACAGUAUCCAUAUCUGGGAUAUAUCAAUGUAUUCCUGGAAUUCCCUGCAGAUGUUGUGGGUGUGCAGCAGACAUUAGAAACCUUAGCCCUGGUUUGUCCUUCUACUGGUUCUCCUAACCAUAUCCCUUGCCUAAUAGGGACAAAUGCCGCCAUAUUUGGGAUACUGGCUCGUGUGUGUCGCGACCGAGCAGGAGAUAAUUACGCCAGGAAACUAAAGAUUCAUGCCUUGUGCCUCGAUGCUUACAUCAAGAAAGAGAGAGAACUCUUGCAGACAGCUAGAGGGCCAAUAGGAACCAUUCAGACGCUGGGUUGUUUGCCAGUGACCAUACCCCCUGGUACCGUACAGGUGGUUGAGGGAAAAGCCCAAGUCUCAGAUGAUGGGAAAAAUCAGCUGAUUCUCA